AUGGAUAAAAUUCACGAAUACUUCUUUAAUCGAAAAUAUGUGGAAUGGGGAAUCCUUGACUUUUUGACAGAGUGCGAAGAACAUUAUUUCAAAAAGAAGAUAGACUUGUACAUAAAAACAUUAUUAAAUCUGAUAUGCGAAAGACAAAGCGAGAAAAAGCACGUACACUACUUGAUCGUUUUAAGAAGGCAAGUAAAGAAGCUUUUAGUUGAAAAUAUGGUGGGAAUAAGUAGCGUGGUAGGAAAUCUUCUCGUUUCUUCACCAUUCAAGACUUUUUGUCGAGCUACAAAAUCAGUGCUGAGGCAUGGGCGAACUUCUCGUUUCUAUUGUCUAAUGUUCAAGACUUCUUGUCGACUCAGUAUUGAUCCCGUUGGGGCACUGGCGAACUUCUCGUUUCUUUUGUCUGAUGUUCAAGACUUCUU